GUUAGAGUCGUAGUGUCAGACAGUAAUUCAUUCUUGGUUUGCGAGGUUAUGAGAUCCUUUAGUGGUAUAAGAAGGACGUUGACAUACGUAGUUUAUCAAAUCGGGCCCUCGUUCGACACUCCGUGUAUUCGAUGACAAAUUGCUCGUUACAUUGUUUAAGCGUUUAUUCUGUUGUACUAUAAUACGCGUAGUUUCUUAAUAAUUGCAUUUACCCGGUUGCCUUUUUUACCCCUCGAAUGGUCAUCAGCAAUGGAAACUGUCAAUUUUGAUACAAAACCAGGAGUAAUCGUUCUGGGAGGAUGUGGUUUUAUCGGACGGAACCUUGUGGAAUAUUUAUUGGAUAAUGAGCUGGUAUCAUAUGUCCGAGUAAUCGACAAGGUACCACCUCAAACAGCAUGGCUUAACAAGAAACAUCAAAGAAUAUUUGAGCAUCCUUUGCUUGAAUUUAGAAGCGCUAACCUUAUUAACUCAGCCUCUUGUGACAAUGCUUUUGCUGGUGAGCAAACGAUAGACAUUGUAUUUAAUUGUGCUGGGGAAACAAAGUAUGGGCAAACAGACCCUGUUUACAAGGAAGGAAUUCAUAAACUCAGUAUGAAUUGUGCCCAGAAAGCAGCUAAACUUGGGGUACAACGAUACGUAGAGAUCUCAAGUGGACAUUUGAGUUCAUCCGAAAAGGUACCGCACAAAGAGGAUGAUGAAGUUGAUCCGUGGACAUUCAUAGCGAAAUAUAAAGUUCAAGUCGAAAAUGAUCUAAGAAAUAUACCUGGAUUGAAGUUUACUAUUAUUAGACCAGCGAUCAUUUAUGGCCCUGGAGACAGGAACAGUUUAGCACCUCGCCUCGUUGUGGGAGCAGUUUAUAAACAUUUAGGUGAAAUGAUGAAGUUGCUCUGGGGCCCAAACCUUCGGAUGAAUACUGUACAUGUGCGAGAUGUGGUGAGAGCUAUGUGGCAUGUUACACGUCAUCCCAAUACCAUUGGCCAGAUUUACAACGUUGUGGACGAGUCUGAUUCCACUCAAGGCUCCAUAAGCGCACUUGUGUCGGAAUUAUUUAAUAUUAAUCACGACUAUUGGGGCGCAGCCCUGUCAACAUUAGCCAAGGUUGAUAUGACCACAAUCGUAGAAGAAGUUAACGAUAAACAUAUGAGCCCAUGGGCUGAAGCAUGCAGCAAAGAUGGAGUGGAAAAUAGUCCACUAUCUCCAUAUAUUGACAGAGAGCUACUUUACAAUAAAAAUUUGUAUUUACAGCCUGGAAAGUUGUCACUUACAACUAACUUCACUUACCUCUACCCAAAGCUGACAAAGGAGUCUCUAAAAGAGGUUGUUGAUGAUUACGUAGAGAUGAAAAUAUUUCCACAUUCCCUAGUUCUGUGAUGAAUUCUUCUAUAAGCUGCUUGAACAACGUGUAGAAUGAAAAUAGAUGCAUGAUUCUACAAGCCAAAGCAUUUCACACUGUGCCUAAUGUGAAGAAUAUAUUAAAACGUAGUGAGAUAAAUACGCAAAGCAUUAAUUAAACUUGUCGACUUUCUGAAAGUAUAAUAAUUACAACGGAUCGAAUUAACUAAGCCUACAGCCACGCUGUGAUAACGAAAAUAAGUAAUGUACUUAAUUUUACUCUAGCCUGCAAGUUACGAGUGAGUCUGUCGAUUAUUUUUGCUUCUGCCCUCUAAGGAUAUGUACACACACGUACAACUGAAUUUCGCGACCUAAACUCUCGAAAUUUAUGAGGUGUUUUUCGAAUUAUGGAUGCAUAAAUCAUUUCACAGAUAAAAAGUACUAAGCAUGAAAUGACGCUGGAGAGCUUCACACUCUGCUGAAAUUGCUGAAAAAUUAUUAUCAAGAUACCUGAUAGGUAAAUUUAAAAAUUAGCGCAACAUCAUCAUGGUCGCUGUUAUGAGGCUUAUAAUUCCGUUUCGGCUUAACAAUGAUCUGCGAUAGGUAGUUGCCAAACGAUAUUUCACGACAGCAAGAGUAAGUGAAAUAUGUUUGCACCAUCAAAUAUAGCGUGAUAAUCGUAGUGUAGCCUGUGAAAUUCACUGGUACAAACAUGUGCACAUGCCUGUGGAAUUAUUACAAAAAUUAUAAAAUGAUAAAGACGAAUCGUUGAUAGACUCUUAACGCAAUUUCUGAAGUAUUUAUGCAGGGUACUAGUCAAUGUGAAUAAUAUCGUAAUUGGAAGAUUUUUGAUAAUCUCGAUGAGCAAAAUGAUACUCGAGUUUGAAAUCACCACGUUUAUUAGUACCGAACUAAAAAAAAUUAUGUUACAAAUCUACAAAUUAGACGCAUGUUAUCACUGUUCAUUAAUUCAAAACGAAUGAGUAACAUGAAAUAGUUUGUAAAGUAAACUUCGCCUUUUUGAUGCCAUUUUUCAAUGUGCCUAAUUAUUUUGUACGCGUUUAUUAGAAAUAUAGAUGCGAAUAAACGGUGCCAAAGUUCUGAUAUUAUCUACUAUAUGUUUAAAUUCGAUAGUUGAUAUAAGCUGUGACAAAGCACAACGAAAGAGAUUUAUAUCAACUCUGAAUCCGUAAUAGAAAAAUCAAAAAUGGAACUACUGGAUCGAGGAGAUGCAGGGAAAGCAGUAGCUGUUGUUAUUUUUGAUAACACUUCUGUUUCUCGAUGGCUUUCUUCUUUUCAAAACGAUCAUUGAAUCAAACGUUUCGCGCGGAUGUUUGGUAUAGUAGUGGCCUAGAAAUUCGUUGAUUAGUAUUAUCACAAAGUGAAUUAAAUAGCGCAAUUAUCGUGUUUUGGCUCCACUAGAUUGCUCAGAGAUCUUAAUAUAGUAGACUAGUAGAGUCAUACAAGUUACUUCUUGCAGGAAUGAGCUAUUUUACUAUUGACAGCGGAAGUUGCACAUUUAGUAGAUCGUAUAGGUUUAUCAAUUAUACCAUAAACAAUAACCACUGUGCAAAUGCAUUUACUUAUAGCCUAAACUAAUUAAGCUAACUAAAUUAAGCUAUAGUAAAAUACAUUUUGAGAUACACUAUUAAGCGAUGAGUAUUCUGCUGUAUCAAAUCAAUGUAUACAGGUCCAUUUCAAUAAAAAUCGAUAAUUAUGUCAAAUAGCAUUCAUCAUGUUUCCAAACCGUGUAUUAAAUAAAAAGAACGUCUACAACAAAUAGAUACUAGAAGCUCAAAAAAUAGAAAAUCUUAAAAUAAUUAUAUAACCAUAUUGCGUUGCCUUAAUUUUAUUCGAUCAUCAUUACAACAAUAUGCUGUAUACAGAGAGGUCAACAAUAUUAUUAAAUAUCUCUUGUAUCGUAUGGAAUUUAAAUACUAAACAGUAGGAUUGUAAUUAGACGUUAUUAAUUAUAUUCAAUAUAUUAAAAUAUAUACUUUUAAUAUUUUCCAUAGUAAUCAUAAUAACGUAUGUGUAUAUACAAUCAGGUUAAGUAUUUACAAAGUAACUGCACCUUCAACUAACAUACUUCUAAAACGGAAUCAACUACCUUAAAGUGAAAAUAAUAUUUAUUGAAUAAAAUAAAUUAUAAACAUUCAUGUAAUAAUAGAUAAUCAAUGUGAUUAAUUAUAGUAACAAUAAUUAAAAUUAUUUGUAUUCAUAUGAAUA